CACGUCUUAAAGCCCAAAAGCCCAAAACCAGAGAGUUUUCGUUAUCGCUAACUUCCUAAGUUCCUAUAGAGUCUCCAAUUGCCUCGCGCAUCUUCUCACUCUCACGCGCGGGCGUUCGGAGAUUCACGCGCCACCAUGUCUGCCCCACCGACACUCCCCCAAUCCACCAACACAGCCGCCGCAGGCUCUGCAUCUCAGCCUCCCAUAGCCACGCCUGCUUUUCGCUCCUUCAUCUCCCGCCUGUCAUCCUCUCUCCGCCAAGGCUUCUCCCAGCGCCGUCCGUGGACGGAGCUCGCCGAUCGAUCCUCCUUCUCGAAACCGGAAUCCCUAACUGAAGCGUACUCAAGGAUCCGCAAGAACUUCAACUACUUCCGCGUUAACUAUGUAACCCUAAUCGUGUUCGCGGUCGCGGUUUCGCUCAUCACGCAUCCGUUUUCGCUUCUCGUCCUCCUCGGACUCCUCGCGUCGUGGUGCUUCCUUUACCUCUUCCGCCCUGCAGACCAGCCGGUAAUUUUCUAUGGCCGCACCUUCAACGACAAGGAAACCCUAGGACUCCUCACCGCGCUCACCAUCUUCGUCGUGUUCCUCACCAGCGUCGGGUCGCUCUUGAUCUCGGCGUCGAUGGUCGGAUUGGCCAUCGUGUGUGCUCACGGCGCGUUUAGAAUGCCGGAAGAU